CGCCCUGCGCUGCGGGGCCCGGCCACCGCCUCCCUCCCGGAAACCCAGCGCAGCGCAAGAACCAGAGCCUGCCUGCCAUCCCCGCCCCCCGCGCAGCAGGCGCCCGCAGCCCUCCCCGCUCGGGCCCUACCUGGGCACCGGGCCAUGGGGCGCCUGGGCCGGCGGGAGGUCGGAGCAUGAGCCUGGCGGGAAUGGGUGAGGGCCAGGCUGGGGGUGCCAUCGCUGCUGCCCUCGACGAUCACUGUGCCGCCAGGGGUCGCGCUGAGCCGGUAAUCACCUGCGCAGUGGCUUUGAGCUGGGUUCACUGAGGGCAGGGGGCCUGAACCGAUGAGGACUGCAAGGAAAAGCAGAGAGGAGAGGAGGUGGUGCUGUUUCUUUUCAGCACAGACCAGACCAAGGAGAUGAAAUUUGAGCAGAGAUCUGAUUGUAGUCAAGACAAUCUGACAGUCUGGGGGAAUAACAUUCCAGGAAGAGUCAACAACAAGUGCAAAGGCCUAGGGGUAUGGACAAGGGUUCACCUAAACAUCAUGGGCCAACCUAAAAAGAGCUAAAGUGGAAGCAGGGACAGGAGAGGGAACCAGCUCACACUCUGAAGAUGGACAACGAGAGACUCUCUGGACAUCCUGAACACAUGGAAUUUCUCAGCAACUGUUUGGGAGAUAACCUCCAGCCCCAUCCAGGACCCAGCUUAAUGGUAGCAUGCAGCCACCCUGACCCUCCCAAGCCUGGUGGGGAUCAGACUUGGGCAUUGGACUCUCCUGAUUUCACGUGGCCAGAUCCUCCCAUGGAUUCUAGUGCUGAGCCCAUGCAGCAGCUUGGGAGUGACUCUUCCCCAGGGGACACAAAGCAGAAUCAGAGCAGUUCCACCCAGGUGGUGUUCUGGGCCGGCAUUCUGCAGGCCCAGAUGUGUGUCCUGGACUUGGAGGAAGAACUGGAGAAGACAGAGGACCUCAGGACUGAACUGAGAUGCUGCCUCCCUACAUCCCCUACAAAUUUCCCCACUUACUCCUCCACCCUUGAAGGUCCCCAGGACUCAGACCUUCACCCUCGUCCACCUGUGGAGGAGGGCUUAGGGGAAGACAGCAGUAGGCCAGAAGAGGAGAACCAGAUCACAGAGUGGCGAAAAGAGGGAACACCAGGCUCGACCCCAGAGUGGGGGCCUGAGGAGGAGAGUGUGUUCUUCGAUAACCCGCUCUUCCUGGAGAGCCCUUCCUCAGACACCAGUGCUCCAGGAACAUGCUUUUCCUGGGGGUUCACAGAAUCGUUUUCAGAUGUGAAGACUGGAUCUGAGAACCCCCAGAGGAUGGAAUCUGAGAUCCCACAGAGGACAGGGCCUGAGAGCCCUCAGGUUCUGGAGCCUCCACUUUCAGGAGAUGCAGCGCUGUGGGAGCUGGGAAGUAAAUCAAAUGGGGAAGGUGGAACAGCUGAGUCCAGUGGACAUACUACUCCUCCAUUCCUCAUGCCCACCUACAGACUGCACUCCUUCUCCUGGGUUGCACUGGACACCUCUGAGGAGUCUCUCAAAGAACUCCCUGACUUGGGGGAGAAGAAGACUUCUCUGGGAGACAAUCUUAACCCUGCCCCAUCUGCAGCAUCCUGUGAGGACCAAGCAUUGACCCAGAAAACAGGAGACUUUGGAUGUCACCCCAACCCUGCCACACAUUCUGUGCAACAUUGGGCUUUUCUCAGCCCUGAAAGCAGGCUUACAGAAGAGAGUCCUUCUUGGCACCAGGUACCACUUCACUCUCAUGACCAAGGUGACAGGGAUGCUAAACGUCCCCAAGAGUCUGUUUCCUACACUUUAGCCCCAGGCCCCUGGGGUAGCCCAGCUUCUUCGCCAGAGCCUACUAGCCCUGAGUCUAAGAGCAGAAGCCCUGGCCCCAGGCCCAGUCCUGUGACCAACCAGGAAGGCAGCCUUCAGCUCCAGAGCCAAGACUCAGAUCAUGUUUUCCCUGAGCGGACACUAGAUGCUUCAUGCCUAUCACUCUUGGGAACUGAUGGGACAGAGCCAAGGUUCCAGGAGAAAGAAGAGGCAGGAGAAGUCCCAAAUCCAGGGAAGGACAUAAACAGUGAAGCUCCAGCUGGGAUUGCAGCCACGGCAGCUGUGCUGUCAGACAUUCACGUGACUUCUGUGGAAGAAUUGGCUGAGAGCCCCAUGCCACAAGCCCUGCCUCCGGAGGGUGGCCAAAGGCCACAGACUAGAGACAAGCUGGCUAAUGGGGUCAAGAAUGACAAGGUGGCCUGGAACUUGGCGUCUCGCCUCUACCACCUGGAGGGCUUCCGCAAGUCUGAAGUGGCUGCCUACCUAAGGAAGAACAAUGAGUUCAGCAGGGCUGUGGCUGAGGAGUACUUGUCCUUUUUUCAGUUUGGAGGCCAGAGCUUGGACCGUGCCCUCCGGGGCUUCCUCCAGGCCCUUGUGCUCAGUGGAGAGACCCAGGAGCGGGAGAGAAUUCUCUACCAGUUCUCUAGACGCUUCUAUCACUGCAAUCCUGGGCUCUUCUCCUCAGUAGAUUGCGUGCACACCUUGACCUGUGCCAUUAUGCUCCUUAACACUGACCUGCACGGACAGAACAUUGGGAAAAGCAUGAGCUGCCAAGAAUUCAUCAACAACCUGAAUGGCCUGCGGGAUGGUGGGAACUUCCCCAAGGAGCUGCUGAAGGCCCUCUACUGGUCCAUCCGAAGUGAGAAGCUGGAAUGGGCUGUAGAUGAAAAUGUAGCAGCUAAACCUGAGAAGACUCGACUGUCUCCUCUAGCCAGCAAAAUGAGCAGUCCCUUCCUGCAGCUGGCCCAGGAUCCCGUGGUGCCCAUCUACAAACAAGGCAUCCUGGCUCGAAAGAUGCAUCAUGAUGCAGAUGGCAAGAAGACGCCCUGGGGCAAGCGCGGCUGGAAAAUGUUCCACACCAUGCUUCGAGGGAUGGUCCUCUAUUUCCUGAAGGGAGAAGACCACAACCCUGAGGGGGAGAGCUUGGUGGGGCAGAUGGUGGAUGAGCCUGUGGGGGUGCACCACUCACUGGCCAGCCCAGCCACCCACUACACCAAGAAGCCGCAUGUCUUCCAGCUUCGGACUGCUGACUGGCGCCUCUACCUCUUCCAGGCACCCACUGCCAAGGAGAUGACUUCCUGGAUUGCUCGCAUCAAUCUGGCUGCAGCCACGCACUCUGCACCGCCCUUCCCGGCUGCUGUGGGCUCCCAGCGCAGAUUCGUGCGGCCCAUCCUACCCAUGGGCCUGACCCAGAGCUCCCUGGAGGAGCAGCAUCAAUCCCAUGAGAACUGCCUCGAUGCCGCCUCCGAUGACCUGCUGGACCUUCAGAGGAAUCUGCCUGAGAGGAGGGGGCGCAGCCGCGAGCUGGAGGAGUACCGGCUGCGGAAGGAGUAUUUGGAGUAUGAGAAAACUCGCUAUGAGAUGUAUGUGCAGCUACUGGUGACCCGUCUACACUGCCCCUCGGAUGACCUAGACCUGUGGGAAGAGCAGCUGGGGAGGGAAGCUGAAGGCCCCCGGGAGUCCAAGCCUAGUCUGAAGAAGUCCCACUCCAGCCCAUCUCUGCAACAGGACGAGGCCCCCACCACGGCCAAGGUGAAGCGCAACAUCUCAGAACGCAGAACCUACCGGAAGAUCAUCCCUAAGCGGAACCGCAAUCAGCUGUGAAGCUUGUGCCUCUUUAUAGAUGCUGGACCUCUUAUCUGAGGAGGACCUGAAGGAAAACUCCCAGAGAGGCCUCAUUUCUAUGGGUGCAUGAUGUGGGAGGAGACCACCCCUUCCCUGCUGAAGGAUAAGCUGUUUCCCUUUCUCACUUGAUGGAGCUUUCCCAAGCCCUGGACAGUCCCUCAACUGCCCUAAUCCCUGCCUUCUGAGGGACUCCACUCCCAGUAUGCCUUGUCACCUUCCACUUCUUUAGAGUCCCGAGAGGACACAUUUCCUGGUCCUGGAGGCAGCUCAGUCCCUGCUUGAGAAUCAGAACUCACUAGACUCUGCAUUCCUGGGAGAGCCUUGGGGUGGCAGAGGCCUCUGGACUGUUAGGUGAGGGGGGUCAUAACCCUGAGCAUGAUCUUGCCGUGAGAAUCAGGUGACCUGCUAUAAGAGGCCCUGGGAGACUCCAACCAGCCUCCUUAGACAGAUGACAGAGUCAGUCAGGCCUGGUCCCCUGGCCAGACAGACUUUGGGGAAGGGCAAGCCCUCCUUGAGGGUGACUCUGAGUCCAUUGUGCCAUUAUUUCUUUCUGGCUCCUUUUCCCCUCCAGUCAUUCAUGCACCAAGGACAAAUGCGAGAUAUCCCACCUCAGCCACCAACAGAACAGUGAGGGCCAGAAGGGGUAUGACCUCCAGAGCACUGCUGAGAACAUGGAACAAGGGGUUUUUGUUUCCCCAGACCUAGGAAGGACAUUCUCCAGCCUCAGACCCCUAGAUUGUUAAGGGGUAAGAGGUAGUAGUGCUACCUUGGAGGCUUUCUUGACAAGAGCCCUGGCUUAAGUGAGUUGUGGAGGUCAGCAGUGGCCCUCUUGCCACACACCCACACCAUAGAGCCCCAUUCCUGAAGGGCACCAGGGCCACACCUCUUCCCACUACCCCCACAUUCACUCUUAGAGGGCUUGCUGGUUCCCUGGGAAGUCCCCUUGAGUUGCCCUCUGGCUGCCUCCCAGCUGGACCUGUUUUCUGGGGAGGCUUCAGAGACUCUGGGUCUUGAAGCUCCGCCUGUGGGGAGGAGGCUGGGCUGGAGGAUCAGCCACCAUUGUCUCUGUCCAGCCAAGUGUGAGAGCAGACUGCUCUCCAGGAGGGGCCUCUGUGCUGCCAGCCAACACCUGCUGGCUGACACACUGCCUCUCCAGCCUUCUGCUGGGCCACCCUCCUCCCCCUCUAUGCUUGGAAAUAGCUGUGGAUCCUGGAACAUUACCAAGCAGGGGGUGGGUCACUAUGAGUGUCUGGCUAGUACCAAAGGCUGACCCAUGUACCCAGUGGGUAUGCAAUAAAUAUAGACCAAUGAAGAUGGGAGUGUGUUUAUAUGGGGGGAUCUGGGAAAUCAGAGCCACCUGCAGGAUGCCAUUGUUCCCUUUGCACUGUGUGACUGUGUGUCUGUGUUUAUAUGAAUACCUGUGUGCAUGUCUGCAGGAUACUGUGCUCCUAUGAGGGGGGGUUACACAUUUAUUGAUAUGUCAUAGCCAGCAGGAAUCUUUUAUCCUUUAUUCAUAUGUUUGUCCAUUCAUUCUACAAAUAACUGAAUGCUUUUUAUGGGCUAGUACUAUGGAACUCAAAAUAUUAAUCAAGCAUGCACCUGCCCUCCAGGAGCUGAUAGUCCUGCUCUGUGGUUCCCAGCUGUCAACAUAGAAGCACACUGGAUCUUGCUGGUGUGCUGAAGAUACGUUUUUCACCUGAAGCCUGGAGAUUUUGAUUCAGUAGCUCUGGGCCAAGAUCUAUAUAUUGAUUUUAAAGCUCCUUAGAGAACUGAUGGACACAGGUGGCUUACAACCUGGGCAGAGUCUAGCUGCCUAAGUUUAUUGGGGUAGAAACUUAGUACUGGAUUGAUGUGACUUGACUCAGGACUUGAUACUUAAGACACAUGGGCUUGAGUGAGCUAUUUGGACUCAUCGAAAUGAGGUCCAAAAUAUGUAUUCUUAUGUCUAAAACUAGAAUAAAAGUCAGAGGUUUGUCUGUG